UUGGGCCUGUAAACAAGUUGACACUUGAAUCUUAUAAUUAUAAGGAUAAAAAAUUUCUAAAAUCCCUGAACAACAGAAUGCCAGACAUUAAGAUACUUAGUCUUAAUAACAUGCCUCAAAGGUGCAAAGAAAUGAAGCAUUUCAUGGCUAAUCACUUCCCUGACAAAGUGGGGGUGUUAAAUUUUAACAAGUGCUCUACUAUGAAUUCUCGUUUGGAAUUUUACUUUGAUGAACUGAUGGAAGUGAGCCAGAGAGUCAUUGGGGAGCUGUAUAUCCAUAACUUUGAAGUCUCUCAGGCCCACCUCGUCUCCCUCCUCUCCGCCAACAAGCACAAACAAAUAUUCGGACUUCUCGAUUGCAAACUUGAUUUAUCCUCUGUUCCUGAUUUUGGAGGAAGACUUGCUGGAAGUCGGAUCAGAUGACUAGAUCUGAGCAGCUCAGGAGGAUUUUCGUGCUGAAAUUGGAACUACAAUGUAAAAGAUUUUGAAAAUCUUAUUGUUGGACUUUCUCAGGAAGAGGAUUUUUUGAAGAACCUGCAGAUAAUCAAGAUGAGCGAGUGAGGAAUGGAGAAGGAUGUGGUAGAGGAGAUUUUGGAUGACCAUGGAUUUUUGCAUGUUGAAAUUCAUGGGCACUCUAAGUAAUUGUCAACACUGAAGCUGUUAAAGAGAAGAAUUUUGUUGCUGUC